CAAAAACUCCUAAAAACUCCUAAGCCUCUAAAAACUCCAAGAACUCCCAAAAUUCUUAAAACUACUAAAACUCUCAAAACUCCGAAAACUCUUAAAACUCCUAAAACUCCUAAAACUCCAAAAACUCCUGAAACUCCUAAAACUCUCAAAACUCCUAAAACUCCUAAAACUCAAAAAUUUCCCAAAACUCCUAAAACUCCUAAACUGCGCUAUGAAUCGAACAUAAUUGUUUAUCAAGCACAAACCGCAAGUCCAAAUAAUUUGAUUGGAUACCACGAAUAA